GAGAGAACCGGCGAGAGUCCGCGGAGCAUUGCCCAGUGGGGCGCCAGGGCCGCCGCGACCGCCCCUUCUCCGGGGACUGGGCAGAGGAGAUCCGCCUCCCUGAGGGACCGAGAGGAGCAGGACCUUCGUGCUCAAAAGGUGCGGAAGAACUGAGUCCCUUGCCACUGAGGCUACCUGAGACCAAGUGGAGCCAUGGCAGGGCAUGGCUGUCUGGGGCUGGGGCUGUUCUGCUGGGCCCUGCUUGCUCUUCCCGUGGGCCCCCAGCCUGCUUCCUCAGUCCCAGGCGCCCCUCUCACUACUUUGACCCCACCUCCUCAAAGUGAGGCCUCUGUGCUCUCUCUCAACCUGGGACUUAACUUCAAAUUCCACCUUCGGGGACCUGCUGCUGCCUGGGGGAGCCCUGUCAUGGAGACUCGGCCACUGUCUCCUGGGCCGAGCCAGGAGCUGGAGGAAGAGGUGGCCAGUGGACUGAGGACUGAUCCCCUUUGGGAACUGCUGGUGGGCUCCCUUGGGAACUCCCCCCCAGAGUGGGGUUCUGCUGAAGGCAGCCCUACCCCCUGGGCCUCCUCCCUGCCUCUAGAAUCGACAUCCCCUCUCUCUGGGCCCACCAACCGGCCUACUGCUCCCUAUCAGCCCAGGACGGGCACUGUGACCUGGGACACUGCUCUGACAGCUACAGCACCUCCAUCCAGUGCCUCCAGGCUCCCCCAGACUGAGCUGGAGCUGAAGUUUGACAUGGCGCUGAGAGCAGGCGCAGCCCCCACACUUGGGCAUCGAACUCUGCCCCUGCUGCCCAGCCUGCGGGCCAGUCUGGCGGAGAUUGCUGGACGCCUGGGACCCUUUGGGUUCUUUGGCACUACUUUGUCCCCACUUCGGAACUUCUCAGAUGCAAGCCCCACAGGUCCAACUACACCCCUACGCUCUGCCUCCAGAAUCUCAGAUUCUCCAGGGCUCUUUGGCACCACUCUGUCUCCACCCCCAUCCACCCUGGAGAGAAAGCUCCCAAGCCCAGGCCCACUAGACCCAACUGCUUCCCUAAGCUCUGCUUCGAUUGCAACAGCAUCACUAGACUCCACCAGCCCCACCUCUGGUCCGGAUGAGCCCUCUCCUGCCAGCCUUGGGAACCCUUCUGUGCAGCCGGAGUGUGGGCCAGGGUCCUGCAGCGUUGGAGAAUUGCCUGACCCCGAGGGGCAGCCUCCUGCGGCCCCGCUGUCCCUCUUUUUCCUAACCCUGGAGGCUGACUGGGCAGAGGCCAGGGCUCGCUGGGGGUUGGCCUGGGAGGCCCAUGUGUAUGGGGUAGGCGCCCUCUUCGGCCUGGUGGCCCUGCUGGCCCUGCUGGCCCUGGCCCUCCUGCCCUGGCGCUGCCCUCCUGGCGCCCCCUGCCUGGCGCUGCUGGACGUGCUCCUGCUCUCGGCUGGGACCACGAGGGCUUUCCCGCUCUUCUACGACGCCUAUGGGCACCGCGACCGGCUGCCGGCGCUCGCCUGGCUGCUGCUGCAGGACCUUCCGCUGCCUUGCCUGGCCGCCGGCCUGGGGCUGGCCUGCCUGCUGCUGGCCCGGCCGCGCCCGCCGCGGUGUCCCGCCGGCCUGGCUGCGCUGCUGCUCCUGGGCCUGGCGCUGGCGGCGGCCGCAGCCCUCGGGAGCGCCAUCCACCGCCCGCUCAGGCCCUUGCGGCUCGCCUCCCGCGGGCUGCACGCCUUCCUCGCCGCCCUCCUGUCCGGGCUCCUGCUGGCGCUUUCCUGCUGGGGGGGCCGGCGGCGGCGGGCCGGAGCGCCCCUGGGAGGGUCCGGCUUCAAGGGCGCCACCCCACUGCCGCAGGCGCGCAGCCCCUUCGCCCCGCGGGAUUCCUGGCGGCGCGCGGCGCGCACGGCCCCGGUGGCGGGAACCUUCGGGUUGCUGAGCGGAGCCCUGCAGGGCUACGAGGUGCUGCACGCCCUGGGCUACGGCGGCCAGCCUGGCCUGGAGGGGCCUUGGCCUUGGUGGGCCUUCCAGCUAGGCCUGCGCCUGGGCGAGGUGGGCGUCGCUCUCCCGUUGGCGCUGCUGGGCCUCUAUCCCGCGCUCUGCAGCCCCCGCGUGCCGCCGCGCUGUUGGGCCAAACUCUUCCGCUUGUCCCCGGGCCACGCGGCCCCGCUGCUGCCCGGACGCUGGGUCACCGGGCUCCCGGACAAGGAGCCUCUGGGUAGCGCCAUCGCGCGCAGAGACGCGGAGCUGCUGCAGCUAUGCGCCUUGGCUGGGCCUGGCCCCGACCUCCUACUCCAGGGAGGCGCCUGCCGGGGCUUCGAGGGGGCAGCAGCCAACCCGGCCCCCUCCCCAGCCUCCUCCCCUUGCAGCGAUUACACCGUGGACUUCCGCCCGCCCUCCCCAAUCAACUUGCGGCGCAGCAUCGAGGAGGCCCUCUGCAGCGAGGCCCUGCUCACCCCGGGCCUCUUCCAGGGUCCUGCCUUCGGGGAAGCCCUGCCUGGGCUCGGCCUCUACAGCACCGCCUCGCUGGGGCCAAAGACCGGGUCUGGGCCCAGCGGGAGGUCCGAGGAGGCCCGGGGCACCCCCGUGCUCCCGGAGCCUUCCUCUCCUGGGGCCUGGCCUACUGGCAGUAGCGCAUCAUCAGGCUCGCUGUGCGGACUCUCCCGGGACAGCUCGUCCAUGCUGCUAUGCUCCAGCCCAGACAGGCCCCCGCGCUGUCCGCUGGUCUGCGUCCUCAGCCCCCCACGGCCCUCAGAAAGCAGCCUUAGCCUCCCAGCCUCAGGAUCCUACCAGGCCCUGUCCCCAUCCUCCCGCGACUCCCCAGAGCCUGCUUCUGAGCUGCAGGCCGAAGAGGCCUUGCUGCAGGAGCAAUUCCUGGACGCCUGCAGACAGAUCGACGAGCUGAGCAUGGGCAGCGACACCAUAGACCUAUGAAGAGAAAGCCCUCCCGGUGUCCGACCGUAGGCCCCUUUCUGGCGCCUGCUCUGCCCAAGACCGGCACACUGUAACCCUUCCCCAGUCCUGCCUGGCUCCGAUAACUCUCCCUGUUUCCUUCCCUAUCCAGGGGUCCUGAGUGGAUGGUCAGCGGCCAGGCUCUGUUGAUUGGGAAUUAGUGCCACCUUCUCUGAAGCCCUGUGUGCUGAUGCCCUCAGCUGCAACUCUAGGCUGGCAGGGAUCCCACUUUCCUUGGCCUUCACCAGCAAUAAAGCUCCAAGGUGCUCCACUCCCGAAUGCCACUCCCCACUCUGGUGCUGAGUGAGAGGGACUAUCUUCAGAAGACCUUAGGAUGGUCCUCAGUCCUCAUACCCACCUCUGCCAUGCCCAGGAACCCCAUCCCUGCGUGAGUGAGACUCCCUGUUCUCCACAUGACCCUUCCCUCUAGAGGGGUCCAUGGCCCAUCUAGGAGACUCUACAGCUGUUGGGUGGUAGGUGAGGGCUAUCAGAGUUAAUUUAUCAAUAAAAUAUUUUCAGAGGA